AUGGGUAUACCAGGGUUCUUUCGAUGGCUGUCUUCGCGAUAUCCUCAUAUAGUUGAAGCGGUAAAGAAAAAAUCCAGAAGCAAAACUGAUUUCUUGUACCUUGAUAUAAAUGCCUUAUUUCACGUUGCGCUUAGAAAUAUGGAGAAAAAAGCUUCAAAAUCGAAUUUCACAUCCCGCCGCAUGUUAUCAAGAGUUUUUAAGGAAAUGGAUAUUGCGUUCAAUGUUUGCAACCCUCAAGUAUUAGUAUACAUUGCAAUGGAUGGUGUUGCACCAAGAGCAAAAAUGAAUGAACAACGAUCGCGAAGAUUUUUAUCCCGGGAGGGGUCUCGUAUAACAGAAGAAAGUGAUACAUAUUUUGAAGACUCAUCUAUUAAAUAUGAGCAUUCACAAUUAACAGCUCGUGCAAAAAACUCUUCAGGAUUUUUCGUUCCAGUAGAUAGCGCAUCGAUAUCAUCAGGAACCGAAUUCAUGCAGGCUGCAAACGAUGCAAUUAGAUAUUAUAUAUACCAACGUUUGAAUGGUAGAUUCAAAAAUCUUCAAAUAAUAUUUGAUGAUUCCAGUGUGGCCGGUGAAGGCGAGCAUAAAUUAUUUCGAUUUUUAACUGCGCAACGUAAUCAUCCAGGAUAUAACACAAAGUAUCGGCAUGUAGUUUGUGGUUGCGAUGCCGACUUUAUCAUGUACGCUCUGCUUACACACGAACCUAAUUUGCGUAUAUUACGUCCUGGCUUAAAAGGGAAUGAUGUCAUUCUUAACAUCAACAGACUUCGCAAACACAUAAUUCGCGAUAUGGUGGUGCAAGUAACGUCAGAUAUUGAAGAAGACAAGGUUAUCGAUGACUUUGUUUGCAUUGCUAAUUUGCUUGGUAAUGAUUUUAUUCCACGAAUUAAAUGUCUAGGAGAAACACGUGUUGAUAUCCUGUUCCAAGCUUACCAAACAUAUUUUAAUCAAGUUAAAUCUUAUAUUACUAACAAUGGUAAAAUAAACAUUUCUAAUUUCCUUAAAUUUUUCGAACAUCUAAAGUCGAAACCUGAUCGUUUAAGAAGAAGUUCUGAUCUUAUGUAUGAGGAAAGAAAUAUUACAGAAAUAGCAAAGAGAGCAAAUGAUUAUAUAAAGACAAUUUGUUGGGUAUUUCAAUAUUAUAAUGGAGAUUGCCCAAGUUGGAGACAUUUCUAUCCACAUCAUAGAUCACCAACCGUUCAGGACAUACUAAAGCAUGUGAAAACAGCAAACUUUGAUCAAACUUUUAUCCCAGACACCCCAAUACGACCUUUUGAACAAUUAAUGUGUAUACUUCCUCCUAAAUGCAAUUACCUUGUUCCAGAACCUUUCAGACCUCUGUUUACUGAUCCACAAUCACCAAUUUAUGAAUUCUUUCCGAAAAAAUUCAAGGUAUUUAACAAUAAAGCCAUCUUGCCAUUUGUUGACGAAGCGCGUUUGAUGCAAGCCAUGGCACCAGGAUAUGCUCUAUUGAAAAAGGAAGAAGCCGAAAGAAAUUCUAUAAACGGAAGAGUUCAUAUAUACGCUGGAUGUCAAUCAACAACAUAUGCAACUCUAUUUCCUCUUUGCACAAGUAAAGGUAGUAAGUCUGCUUUACCCGUAACAUCGGUAGUAUUUGGGAAAUUAUCUUAUUGUGGACCAAUGUUAAAGUUUAUCAAAGCACCUGUUGAUGAAUUUAACAAAAUCAAUCAUAACUUGGUUGCUACUGCUGAGUAUCAGUUACCUGGUAAGUUACCAGAAGCUACUAGCUAUACAACAUUAAAUCAAUUAAAGAGUGCUACCAACGAUUUACAACCAAAUAUGCCAUCAUUCUCGUACCAGCUAAAACAAGCUCACACUACUAAACCAUACGGGAGAAGAAUUGCAUAUACUAGUUAA